AGCGUGUGCACCUUUUACCUAUCAUCACCUCAUCUCGUCCUCGACCUCACCCAGCAACCAAAAUUGAGAUGGCGUCCGUCCGACCCUGCGCGGUGGCGCUACUCGCCUGCGCCGCUGCAUUCCUCGUCGCCGCGGUGGGCGCCCAGCCGAUGGACCCUGAUCAGCCGGACAACCCCAUCCUGUCGGACCCGAACGUGAUCCCCGUCUACAUGAGCCCUGGCGCGGCUCCCACUUAUGUGAGCUGCUACAACAACACAAAUGGCCAGCAAGGGUCGGAGCCCACCUGCUCCGUCCUCGCGCGCCAGUGCCCCCGCGGCUGCCCCGACACCUGCUACGUCCACUGCCCCUCCUGCAAGCUCGUCUGCCUGUGUGAUCUGAUGGGCACAGAGUGCUACGACCCGCGCUUCGUGGGCGGCGACGGCAACAAGUUCCUGUUCCACGGCCGCCGGGACGCCGAUUUCUGCCUGCUCUCGGACGCCAACUUGCACAUCAACGCGCACUUCAUCGGCAAGCGCAACGCGAAGGGCGCGCGGGACUUCACCUGGGUGCAGGCGCUCGGCAUCCGCUCCGGUGGCCACCGCCUCUACCUCGGCGUCAGGAGGACGGCCAGCUGGGACGACGCCGUCGACCGCCUCGCCAUCACCUUCGACGGCGCGCCCGUCCCGCUGGACGCCGUGGUCGGCGCCAGCUGGAGCCCGGCCUCCGCGCCCGCGCUGUCCGUUUUCCGCACCGGCGCGGCCAACGGCGUCGUGGUGCGCCUCGACGGGCGGUUCCGGAUCGUCGCCAACGCGGUCCCUGUCACCGAGGAGGACUCGAGGAUCCACGGGUACGGGCUGACCACCGACGACAGCCUGGCGCACCUCAACGUGGCGUUCAAGUUCUACACCAUGAGCGCCGACGUGCAUGGCGUGCUGGGCCAGACCUACAGGCCGGAUUACGUCAGCGCCGGGAUGGACAUGGGCGCCAAGAUCCCCGUGAUGGGCGGCGCACGCAAGUAUCAGGUGUCCGACAUCUUCGCCACAGACUGCGAGGUGGCCCGCUUCGCCGGCGAAGACGGCGUCGCCGGGUCCCUGGACAUCAUCGAGGAGCCGACCGACGCGCUGUGCGGCAGCGGGAAUGGCGGUGCCGGCCUGGUCUGCAAGAAGUGACCCAGGUGGAGCUCCCACGGAUAAGAGCUGGUCUCAUUAGUGUUUUUGUUUCGCAUGGUUAAGUACGUACGUGCUGGCAUAGCUGCUGCAGCAACGAAGUAGUAGUUCUAUGUAUAGCACCGAACAAAAGACUUGUUAUGUCGUGUCCGUGUUAGUCGUGUCGGUAACGUUGGGUUACUCGGAUUUACUUGUGGUAUUUUAAAGGUGUUAGCUUCUUACUUUUGUGUUAUUCGGAUUCAUACUUUACCGGAUGCCGUGUGGAUUGUAAAGUA